AUGCCUCCGUCCACCGACAGCUCCCGGCGAAACUCGGAGGAGGGCUUUAGCGAUGGGUUCAAAUUGGAUUCGUCGGCUCUCAACAAACCACCAGAGGAAGUUUUCGAUAUUGUUGGGAAAUUGGGAGAAGGAUCAUAUGGAAGUGUCCACAAAGCAAUUCACAAAGAAUCUGGUCAUGUGCUGGCUAUCAAAAAAGUUCCGGUUGACACUGAUCUACAAGAAAUCAUCAAGGAAAUAAGUAUAAUGCAACAAUGUAAAAGUAAAUAUGUUGUGAAGUACUAUGGAUCGUAUUUCAAGAAUUCGGAUCUCUGGAUCGUGAUGGAGUAUUGUGGAGCAGGUUCGAUCUCUGAUAUUAUGCGUGCCAGGAGGAAACCUUUAUCCGAAAUGGAAAUAAGUGCCGUUUUACGUGACACACUCAAAGGAUUACAGUAUUUGCACGAUUUGAAGAAGAUUCAUAGAGAUAUUAAGGCCGGAAAUAUUCUUCUGAAUACCGAUGGAAUAGCAAAGUUAGCUGAUUUUGGAGUAGCUGGACAACUUACUGAUACAAUGGCAAAAAGAAACACAGUUAUUGGAACUCCUUUCUGGAUGGCACCAGAAGUCAUUGAAGAAAUCGGUUACGACACAAAAGCGGAUAUAUGGUCAUUAGGAAUAACGGCAAUUGAGAUGGCAGAAGGACGUCCUCCGUAUUCUGACAUUCAUCCGAUGCGUGCAAUUUUCAUGAUCCCUACAAAGCCUCCGCCGACAUUCAAAAAACCAGAAGAAUGGUCUGCAGAAUUCAAUGACUUUAUAAGAUGUUGUUUAAUUAAAAAACCGGAGGAACGGAAAACAGCUCUCAGGCUGUGCGAGCACACCUUCAUAGAAAACGCGCCAGGGUGUGACAUUCUACAAUCAAUGAUUCAAGAUGCACAGGAAAAAGCAGCACUUGGACAAGUCCCUCUGACAGCCAGUGGACCUGAUGCCACGUUGCUAAGUGAAGGAAUGUCGACGAUGAUUGACGGAGGGGAUGCAACACUGGUCCAACACAAAGAUAACUAUGUGACUGCUCAAAGUCUACGAAGCCAGAUGGAAAGCUUGAGAAUCGGAGGAGAAAUUCCAAAGUCUGCAUAUAGCUCAUCCAAAAAUGGUGGACAACCACGAGUUCAACCACCAGGUCACACAGCUAGUGCUUUGGAUCCUUCUAAAAAUAAACCAUUUCCACAAGACGGAACAGGUCCCAACUUCCAGAUCGGAACGAGUGACAGCAGUUAUAAAGAUGCUUCUUACAAUAUGAUGAACACAGAAAUGGAGUAUGAGAAUAGGUUCCAACGCGCCGUUGUCGACGGAGAUUUUGAAUUCCUGCGAAACAUUACACUGGACGAAUUGAUAAGAAGAAAAGAAAGUUUAGAUUCAGAAAUGGAAGAAGAGAUUCGUGAAUUACAAAGAAGAUACAAAACAAAGAGACAGCCAAUAUUGGACGUCAUUGAGAUCAAGAAGAGACAGAAUUGA